AUGGGCUCCACAGGCUCCAAAACAAGGCUGCAUAAAGUAGCUCCAUGUAACCGCCUGCAAGGUGAAGAGGACCAGCCAAAACCACAGUGGACCCUCCCUGCUCUUCCAGUCAGUGCGGAGCAGCCGUCUGCAUCUAUGGGACUGAAGAAGACAACUUUACCUCCACUGAAACAAGAAAUGACUCUUUCCACACUUUCAGGUUUGUAAGCCAUCUGUCUCUUCAGUUCUCCUCCUGGCUCAUUAUUUCUGUGUUGUGAUUCAGUGUGCAUGUGUGUGCUGUUAGAACCUUGCUUUGCAGGAAAGGUCCCACUCAAGGUCCCUAACCCAAGCAUCAUUCACUCCCAUCUACCCAGAAGGGCCCAGGUUAGCACGUUAAAAUUAGCUACCAAAGUAUUUUCAUUAACUUCAACAGGAGAAUCUUGCUGCCUGGUUUAAAUGAGAAGUUUCUCAUCAGUUCAAUUCUGUCCUGGGACUUUGACAGACACAAUGUUAAAUCAUUGUAUCUGACUGGUUAUGAUUUUUUUAUACCCAGACAUCACAUCAUUAUCUCUUCUCAGGCACUGCAACCACUGGCUGUUCAAAUUGGCCAACCAAGCUCUGCCAAUCAAUUUGCAAUGGUAAAAGAAAAAACUCGAAACUGACUGUCCCAGUAAAACCAACCUAAUGCCAUCUCAAACUCUUAUAAAGGAAUGUGAUGUUUGUUGUUUGUAGAGGAGGGGCUGCAGAGAUGGGGGUGUCCAGCGGUUUUCUACAACCGGCCAGGCAGGACACAGCGGCACCAGCCGAAUGACUCAGGUAAAGCAUCUUGACAAAGUAUCUAAGAGCUGGAGUGCAUCUGUUACAUCAAUAAUUCAUUUUUUAUUGAGGGAAAGUUAAAGUGUGCAGCAGUGCUUUAAAAGGGCUGGAGGGAAGACUGGGUGGAUAUAAAGAGACAGAAAGAGGAGAGGCAGAUGUGAGCUGUGACUGUGGGCUCUUCCAGUCCCUGUGGAUCUGAUUAAAGUGUCACUGGAGUGGAAAGUAGGGUGGUCUUCAGCUACAACUAGCCUUCAUUGGGAUCUGUUUUCAGGGUGCAAGGGAUAGAAAAGCCACUACCACCAACACGUUUAUAGACACAAAGAGAAGGGUAGUAUGAACAGUCACAUGACUAUACUUUUUUUAAAGUUAUAUUUCCGGGCUUUUAUUUCUUGACUCAGAAAGGAUAGGACAGAGGAAAGCACAGAAAACCUUGGGAAAGGGCAGGGAGUGGUACGUGGGGAAAGGGGUCACAGGUUGGGAUCAAACCAAGGCCACCUGCUUGAAAACUGUAGUCUGAGUGACUUUACAAUUAGACCAACUGGUCUUACAAUUGAUGUUUUUAAAUGAUUUGGUUUUCAUUGUCGGUGAUAAGUUGUCUAAACUGUGUCAUCAAACAAGAUUAUUGUUUUCUACAUGUAUGUUUUUAAAGCAAAGAAGUAAAUUUGUAAAAUUAGAAAUAAAAUGAUCCUUUAACCUAAAGUUACUAUCAUGUUUAAGUCAAAUUAUUUUCAGUCUAAAGCUCAUAAAUAAUCACAAGAAUUGGUUAGAGAGAUUACCCCCAAAUGACUGAUCUAUUCUGUUGUAUUUUAUCAUAAUUUUGUUAAUACUGGAGGCGCUGUCAAGUACAGAAUCAGGUUUGUGAGAGGGUGAAUGCGUAAGUCAUUUUUAAAAAAUAGACAUCAUCUUGUUAAAUAUCCUUUUUUUGUUUGUUUUUCGGAUUGACUAAAAAAUCGUACUAUUCCAAGCACAUCUUGCAAAAGGUGAUUGACGAAUUUUUUGUGUAGCUGAAAAAUACUCAGUCAUCUACAAAAGAAAAGGCUGUCAUUUUUAAUAAAGAGACACGAGUGAAAAAAAAAGAUUUAGUAACAACUUUGUUUUCUGUAUCUUCUUCCAAUCAACUGCCAUGUUUUAAUCUAGGAGUAAUUUUGACAGUCAAACUGUUUCAGUUUUCAGAAACACGAGUUAAAUCAGAGGUCUGAAGUCCACUGAAGAACUUGAGCUGCUCAUUCAUGCCCUCAUCUCAUCCCGCAUCGAUCACUGCAACGCUUUUUUCACCUCUCUCAGCACGUCUGCUCUUAACUGCCUACAGUCAAUACAGAAUACUCACCGGGUCAAACUAACGGUCACACAUCACUCACAUGCUGAAACCUUUCCACUGGCUCCCUUUGGCUUUGAAUCCAGUUUAAAAUUGUUACUCUUAUUUUUGAUCUCUUCAUGGUCAGAAUUAGACUGAACUUGUCAACCUCACCCGCCAGCUUGUUCUUUCUGGUCCAACUCACUAUGCCAACUGUACUAGGGCCCACAGACAUGAUUAAAUCAUGCUUCUGAGGCAAUAGUACCGGACCUUACUCUACACCUUAAAGUUCCUCUGACUUUGUCUUUCAAAAACAGUAACAAACUGAUUUGUUUGGUGGGUCAUUUUGGUUGAUCAUACUCAGCCUUCUUUCUGUGAGUGAUCUGUUCUGAUUGUGCCAUUUAUAAUACAUGGUUAUUGUUUGUAUCUCGUCAUAAAUACAGAUUACUCACAUGCUUUUAUGCCACAUCUUAAAUCCAGACAAACUGUAAUUUUCAAAUACAGUUGAGAGUUAAAUACCUUUUUGUAUCUGAACAUAAAAUGGAAAUAGUCCCCCUUUGCUGUCUCUCUCACUGCUCUGUGAACCCCUUGUAGGGCAGGUUUCUGGAGGCCCAGGUGGCUCUCACUCAACAAGAUCACCGACAACGGGUUCACCUUCGACAAGGCCGGGAGCUGAGAAGACGUAAAGUUGUCUACACUGUUAAUGGUACACCUGCGAGUUAUUAUUUAAAAUGUGUUAUUCGGUCAGAGUUUGGUCAACUAGAUGGCACUAAUAUUUCAGUCAUGUCUUUGGAUCUUAAGGUGGAGGUACAGAGGGGACCCAGAGGCGGAAACUUGUGAGGAGACCAACAGAGAGGGACAUUUUCUGGGACGAGAGCACAGGGAAAAGUCUGGACCCAAAAUCUCUACUUCAACUAGAAGAAGAAGAAGGACAGUACAGCCAGACAAACAUAGAGCUACUGUGCAAAAGAGAGGAGGGGGUGCAGAAGAUUCAAGAUAGAGUGGAGGGAACUUCACAGACUGGUCAGUCUGUGGCCAAAAACUUUUUAUGGACAACCGAAAAGAAAACAGUAAGAGCUGAAGAGAGUGGUGAAUGACCAAGUGACAGCUGGUUGUGGCCUGAGUUUAUGAGUGACUGUCAGACAGACAAGAAGGGGGAUGCAAAGGGGAAAUGGGACUUUUAAAUGAACUUAAAAUGGAUUAUUUUUGAUGUACUAGAAAUCUGGAACAAAAACAGAAUCCAAGUUCUUCAAAUUGAGCACAAAGAUUUCAGAUUUCUAUGAUUUAUGUUGCUCUUUUCCUAAAUUAAUUUCAAGAAAUAAUGACUCUAUCUUGGGCAGUUAUGGUCUUGGUUUGCUGUAGAACUAGAUAAACCUGCAAUAUGGCAAAAGAAUGAAACCCUUGUUGCUCAAGAUUUAAUUCUUGGCUGGGGUUAUGAUGCCCUCUAGGGGUGACAGCGAUGCAUAUUUUUCCAAACCAAAUAAGAUGGUUAAUUGAAGUUUUAGGAUUUUUUAGGCCCCUGGACAUUUACAGCAAAAUACUAAAAAUGUAAUUCUAUUUUAGUCCAAAAUGUUGGAUUCAAAACUUUCAGGUUCAAAGCUCCCACCUGUCUCCAUAACAUUGGGAGAGAAAUUUGUUCAGCAGUAUCCUUCAGACUCCAAAGAUCUCCCCUCAUCACAGAAUUUGUGGCUCUUGAGGAAUAAUUAGAUCGAAAACAGGAAAUUGCUGAUUGCAGUGUCACUAUUCAAGUGGUCUCCCUGAGGCCGCUCUUAGCGUGUUUAAAGAGUCUGAGAGGAGCUGGAAUCAAACCAAACACCUGAGGCCACAGUGGCCGACUAAAGCCUGAUCCUCAGGCACGGCACGUUAAAAGAACAUUGCUGGGAUCACAUCACACAGCAGGGGGCUGGACAGGAAUUCAAUGACAAAAGAUUAUCUCAGCAGUGGUUAAGUAGAAGUGUUUCAAUAGGAGAAAUAAGCAUUUAAAUGCAUUAAAGAAAUCAAAGCAGUCUAACAUUAGCUUUAUUGUACUCGACCACUGGGUGUCAUUAUUGGGCAGAGAGAUUCAGUUAAGUUACUAUCUAAGUAGAUGGCAGCUGCAGUGUCUAUAAUAGUGCACCUUUUUUUUAUAUUGACAUAUAUUUGGAGCUCAUGUGUGUAUUUAAGGCUACAUUACACAUUUUAGAAACAUGUUUAAAAACCAAUCUUCAGUUUAAUAAAUUUAUUGUUGCCUAUGUGAGAAAGAGUUUUCAUAAUUGUACAAAAGUGUUCAUUUAUUUCCUGUAUGUGUAUACAAAAAAGAAAAAGUGUUUUAGAUAAUAAAAAAGACUGGUGCUUAAAAACACUGAUACUAAAGAUCCAAAGGUAUGAUCUGAAGGCACUGGAGCAGAGCAUCACAUUAAAACGAGUCCUUGUACUUAACCAUCCAUUCAAUCAACAAAGCAAAGUCUGCCAGUGAGAGGCCACUGACUGCAGACUUCAGGAGCCAGACUGGCCACAUAUUGGGAUACUGAGGAGAUUUAGAGUGGCCCAAGUCUUCAAAAAAAACUUCUACUUUUCCAGUUCGCUAACCACACACACUGGGCCUUAAAGCCAAAUCACGGUGGAGGGGGAUAGCCGAGAGGUCUCGGUGUCUGCCACUCCGUCCUGCAACAUAAAAAGAAGGUGAAGGAUGCCGUGUGAGCAAUUGGUUCCAAUUGACAGAGGAUUGGUCAUGGUCAGCCUUCAGAGUGGAAAUCCACGUGAGAAUGUUGCGUUUGGACCAGCAAGGGGCACAAGAGGCCAACAGCAGACAAUGAGGGCACUCAGAGGAGUCUGGCUGCUGAAGAGUAGUGGGCCACAAUCUUCUUGGAUUUAACCCUUCCUCUGCUGGUUAUUCUUUCAACCGAAAACACUGAGGUGAGGCUUUCACAGUGGAGGUGUAACAGAGACAGUAUAAAACUUGUCAUAGUUCAUACGGUGACGGUAAAAAGUAAACGACCAAAGGUUAUGACCACAAAGAGAGGUCUUUCCUGGAUUUUGUGACACAAUAAUCAUUAAAAUAAUUUACUUAGAGUUACACAUUAAUUGAGUUGAAGCACCUUUACAACAUCAAGAGGCAACCACCUUUGUGAUUUCCACCCUUGUGACUUUUUCACCAAUUAGGCAGGUACAGCUCUCUGAAUGUGACCGGCUGCUUUCAAGUCUCAAGGGCCAGAGGGUCAACGCUCAAUCACAGUCUGCUUAGAGAGGUUGUGUGUUUGAACCAGCCACUAGUUGACAGGGCGGGGAUAGGGUCAAAAGAGGGUGGAGGGGAAGGAGGAGGACUCCCGCUGGCUCAAAAAGAGGAGCCUUUUGUAGCCAAGACACUGGCCAGAGGAGCCUGGCCUUUCACAGCCCAGCCGCCCCUCUCAUCCAGGCCCACAACAGCUGAUGACAAGGCCCCAGCUGCUAAUUAUCCGGCUGAUGGAGAGUCACUGAAGUGGGACUGUCAGAGCGAGGGGUGGCCCUUGUGUCUGCAGUGGGAUAAAUUUGAGGGAGGGUGA